AUGAAUGAAAACACACCGCUGCUAAAUACAAGCCCUCCCAGAAAUGGCAGGCUCUACCUGGCUGUGUUUUCAGCUGUCUUGGGCAAUUUCAGUUUUGGUUUCUCCAUGGUGUACCCAUCCCCAGUUAUCCCACAGCUUCAAAUGGAUGAUGACCCACGGAUGAAGAUGAAUGUUCAACAGGUGUCCUGGUUUGGGUCGGUGUUCACGCUGGGGGCGGCUGCAGGAGGCCUUGGUGCCAUGCUGCUGAAUGACAAGAUUGGGCGGAAACUGAGCAUUAUGAUGUCUUCCAUCCCAUCUGUGGUGGGCUACCUGGUGAUGGCAAGUGCCCAGGAGAUCUGGAUGUUACAAGUGGGCCGAUUCCUGAACGGCAUCGCGGGUGGCAUGACUGCUGCUUCCAUUCCUGUCUACGUGUCCGAGAUUUCACAUCCGUCAGUCAGAGGUGCUAUGGGUUCAUGUCCUCAAAUUACCGCCGUCUUUGGAAGUCUGGCACUCUAUGCACUGGGACUGGUGUUGCCAUGGAGAUGGCUUGCCGUGGCAGGAGAAGUCCCUGCUGUCAUCAUGGUGGUUUUACUGUGUUUCAUGCCCCGUUCGCCCCGUUACCUCAUCACUAACGGCAAACAGGAGGAAGCCAGCAGGGCCCUGGAGUGGCUCCGGGGCUCAGACUCCGACUAUAUGACCGAACUGAACCAGAUAGAGAGAAGCAUUAAAUCUCAGGGUAAACUCCAGUUCUCUGAGCUUACCAAGCCGCGGUACUACAAACCCAUCCUGAUCUCCAUAGGCAUGCGAUUUUUGCAGCAGAUGACUGGGAUAACACCCAUUUUAGUGUACCUUGAGCCCAUCUUCCACAAGACAAACAUCUCCCUGGAGCCCAAAUACGACGCUGCUUUGGUUGGGGCUGUGAGAUUAGUGUCUGUUGUCAUUGCUGCUAGUCUGAUGGAUAAGGCCGGCAGAAAAGCUCUCCUUUACACAUCAGGGUUCUUGAUGUAUUUGUCCAUGCUUACAAUGACCAUGUACACCCACGUGACACCAUGUCAGCCUGGUAACCACACGUUUCAGCCAGAUGACGUGCAGACGUAUGGAUCCGCGUCGCCUCAGGCCUUUAAUCCCAUCACUCUCAUUCCUCUUAUCGCUACAAUGGUCAUUAUAUUCGGUUAUGCUAUGGGCUGGGGUCCAAUCACGUGGUUGCUGAUGUCUGAGGUUUUGCCCUUGGGUGCCCGGGGCGUGGCCUCUGGGCUGUGUGUCGGUGUGAGUUGGAUAACUGCUUUCAUCCUGACUCAGGUCUUCAUGCAUGUGGUGGACACCUAUGGACUGUUUGUCCCUUUCCUGUUCCAUGGUAUAAUCUGUGUGGUGAAUAUUAUUUUCACUGCCGUGUGUGUGCCAGAAACAAAGGGAAGAACCUUAGAGGAGAUCGAAAACUAUUUCCGCACCGGACGCAAGUUCACCAUCCUCGAUUGA